UCUCAAACAGCUUUCAACUUUCACGCUUCCUUCUCCAGGCCCUCCAUGCCCUUCGGCUACUUUCCGUCUGCCUCUGCACCCUCCGGCGACCGGAGCCUCAUCCCACCGCGCCCAUCUCCCUCUGCACCCUCCAGCACCGCCGCGCCCUCCUCUGCCUUGGGCCCCUUCGGCCCUUCCCGUCUGCCUUCUGCACCGUCCAGCGCCGCCACACCCUCCUUUGCCUUCGGCCCCUUGGCCCUUACCGUCUGCCUCUGCACCCUCCGGUGACCGGAGCAUCGUCCAACCGUGCCCAUCUCCCUCUGCACCCACCAGCGCCGCUGGGCCCUCCCUCUCCGACCUGUAUUCCCCUUCAGCGCCACCCCCAACUCCCUCUGUAGUCUGCACAGCAGCACAGUCGCCACCCUCGUGGCUCCCGCCCUCCCGCUCCGACCUCCCUUUUCUCAGAUGGAGAGAAUUGAAGAUGGAUCACAAUCUAUCACACAACAAGCUAGCAAUAGGCUUGGAAUUGAAGACGAUGAUAUAUUUGAAGAGGUUGAAAUACAUGAACUAGAGGGUGAUGAUGAAGAACCAAAGGCAAAAAAUACUAGGAAAUCUUCUGGGACAAGGUCCAAUGUUUGGGCUUAUUAUAUUAAGGCUAUGGACGGAGAAGGGGAUGAAAAGAUUAAGAAAGGGCAAUGCAAGCGUUGUGGCAGACUAAUAAGGGCUGAUCCGAAUAGAAACGGCACCACUGCUUUGAAGAAUCAUACUACUUCGUACUUGAAGAAGCAUCAAGCAAUAGCUAGUCAAUCGGUUCUCAACUUACAACCCACUACUGAUGGAACAGGAUCGUUAACAAGUUGGAAAUUCGAUCAAAAUGUCGUUAGAAUGGCAUUGUGUCAGAUGAUCAUCAUGGAUGAACUUCCAUUUAGAUUUGUCGAGCAUGAGGGGUUCAAGAUGUUUAUAGAGGCUGCAUGUCCUAUGUUCAAGAUCCCGGGCAGACAAACAGUAAGAGCUGAUUGUAUGAGAUUGUUUUUGGAGCGGAAGGUUAUUUUGAAAACUUUUUUCAAGCUAAAGGCAUGGGACGAGUGUCGAUCACGACUGAUUGUUGGACAGGGAUCAACAACACAAAUUUUAUUUGUGUCACAGCACAUUGCAUUGACAAGGAUUGGAAAUUGCAUAAAAAGAUAAUCAGUUUUGCAAGUGCACUAGUCACACAGGUGAUGAUCUUGCUACUGCAAUCAUAUCAUCCGUGGAGGAGUAGAGCUUGCAUAAGGUACUCUGUUGCACGAUGGACAAUGCAACGUCAAAUGAUGCUGCAAUUAGGUACAUGAAGCCAGACUUUGAGAGGUGGGGGACAAGUGUUGUUGGUGGCAAGUAUUUGCACAUGCGUUGUGUUGCUCACAUCCUAAACUUAAUUGUGAAAGAGGGAUUGGAUGAGAUUGGCAUGUCCGUGAGACGAGUAAGAGAAGCCGUCAAAUGGAUCAAGGCAUCACCAUCUAGAGCGGACAGGUUUAGAGGUUAUGUGGAGGCCUUGAAGAUUGCUUGCAGCAAGUCUUUGACUUUGGAUGUGCCGACGAGUAGGGCUGUAAACGAGUCAAGCUACUCGUGAGCUAUUCGACGUUCGACUCGAUAAAAGCUCGUUCGGUAAUUUAAUGAACAUCUCGUUUAGCUAAACAAGCCAAGCUUGAGCAUGACGAUGCUCGGCUCGUUAGCUCGUGAACAAGCUCGUGAAGUGAUUUAUCUUAAAAACAUAAGUUUAUUCAUUAAAUGUCUUACUAUAUUUUAUACUAUAUGUAGUAAUAUUUGGAUUAAGUAUCUAAUUAACAUCAUUUAUUUACAAGAAAAUAGUAAAUAUAUUAUAUUUUUGUGAAUAAAAUAACUUAUAUAUUUGAAAAUUAACUUAUGUAU